UGUUCAAUUGUAAUUCUCAUCCCAUGCGAUACUUCAGACAGACUGCAUUUGUGAGAAAGAGUGGAUUUUUUAUGUGUUUUAAUUUUUUUCCGAAUCAAUGUGCAAAUAAAUUGAAUUAAAUAAAAAAUCAUCAAACUCAAUUUUCAAUAUACGUGGUCUGUUAAAAACGCGACGGAGAAUUUCCAUUCUAAAAAUUCAAGAGAAAGUGAAAUUGUUGUAAAUUUCCACACAUACGCCAAGAGUUCUUUUGUUAUUUUAUUCCAUUUUUGGUUUUAUUUAAUUUUCGUUUCGUGUUGAAACCAUAAAACAUUUGGUUAGUGAUAUAUGGAUGUGGAUCAGGAUAAAGAUAUAAUUGUGAUUGAUAGCGAUACAGAGACAGAAGAAGAAGAAUCAGACGAAGAAAUGGAAAUGCAAUUUAUUCCCACAGAAAGUAAUCAAACACUGGCCGAGAAUAAGAAAAAUGCUGGAAACGAUCAGUACAAAGCACAAAACUAUCAAUCGGCAUUACAUUUGUAUACGGAGGCGAUUACAUUGUGUCCCGAUAAUGCUGCAUAUUAUGGAAAUCGUUCGGCAUGCUUAAUGAUGAUGGGCGACUAUAAAGGUGCGCUCAAAGAUAGUCGCGAAGCUGUUUUGAUGGAUGACAAAUUUGCUAAAGGCUACGAUCGCACUAUCAAAUGCUGUAUCACAUUAGGUGAUAUUGUCGGUGCUGAGCAAAUGAUCAAAAAACUUGCUGAACUUGGUUCAAACAAUGACAUCUGUAAUAAAUACGAAGAACAAUGCAAACAGCUACGCUCCUACGAAGAUAAAAUCACCCAAUGCUAUGAGAAAAAGGAUUUCCGUACAGCCGUUUUCCACGCUGAUGGUGCUCUAAAACUCGCAAUUGCCUGUCAGAAAAUUAAAUUGCUAAAAGCUGAAUGUCUGGCUCUUCUUGGUCGUGUUGAGGAAGCAAAUGACAUAGCCGUAUCGUGUAUGAAAUCAGAUUCGUCAAGCGCUGAUGCCGUUUACGUUCGAGGCCUGUGUUUGUAUUACAAAGACAAUUUGGACAAAGGAUUGACGCAUUUCCAACAAGUACUCACACUGGAUCCCGACCACAGUAAAGCCAAGGUGAUGCGACUAAAGGCAAAGAGCUUAAAGGAAAAAAAAGAAAAUGGCAACAAAUUAUUCAAAGUGGGCAAAUUUCGUGAGGCACACAAAUUGUAUACAGAGGCGCUUGCAAUUGAUCCACUGAAUGCAGACAUAAAUUCGAAAUUAUUGUACAAUCGGGCAUUGAUGAAUUCAAAAAUUGGAAAUGCACGUGAUGCGAUUACCGAUUGCACAGAUGCAUUGAAAACCAAUCCUGCCUACCUCAAAGUGAUCUUGUUGCGUGCAAAAUGUCACAAUGAAACGGAAAAUUAUGAAGAGUCUGUUAAAGACUAUGAAGCUGCAUUGAAAAUUGAACGAACAAUUGAAAUUAAAAAUGCAUUGAAAGAAGCGAAAAUUGCAUUGAAACGAUCAAAACGAAAAGACUAUUACAAAAUCUUAGGAAUUGAUAAGCGGGCAUCAGAGGACGAAAUCAAAAAAGCAUACAGAAAACGAGCGUUAGUUCACCAUCCCGAUCGUCAUGCAAGCGCAUCAGAAGACGAGAAACGUGAACAAGAAAAGAAAUUUAAAGAGAUUGGCGAAGCAUAUGCGGUUCUAUCAGAUCCACAGAAGAAAGAUCGCUUUGAUAAUGGUCAAGAUUUGGACGACGUUGAAUUUGAUCCAUCACAGAUGUAUCGUCAAUUUUUCCAUUUUUCUAGUGAUUAUAAUAAUCCGUUCAGUUUCUUUUAAAAAGGCAACACAAAAACACUCAUCGCCGUUUUGCUUCCUUUAUUUCAUUUCUGCUCUGUUGAAAAAUUAAACAAAUAAAAUGAAAAUUAUAAUAAUAGUUUUAGCUUAAGAUAUACAAUUUAUUGAAUGAAUUUGAAAGAUAUUGCCCAAGACUUAUAUCUUAUUUCAUAAAUAAUAAUUACAAGGCAAUGCAAUGGAUUUCUUUUUUGUAUCUAAACCACUAAUUUUGGUUAUAAAUCUGGUUUUUUGGACAAUUACGUACAAUUUAUCGUUCGACCAAAUAAUAAAAACAAACAAAAAAUUACUAGACAAACAAAUGGAAUAAAAACAUUUCGAAUUAA